UUAACAAUCCUGCUAUCCACCGUGCUUGCGCUAUCAGCCUGCAGCAAGCUCCACAAAUGGCCUUGGGCGUGGGCAGGCUUCCAUGCUGCGCAGGGCCUGCAAGGCAUAUUAUCAGCAGCCUUGGUGGCUUGCGAUUGUCGUCUGCUCAAGGUGUACACCAGAAGUGUGAGGACCAGGGCAGCGAAACAAGUGACAGCAAGCAGCAAAUUACCAAACGUUGACAAGUCGGCCAGUAUGCAGUUGCUGACCUGGGAGCCACUUCCGGAUGCCGUGGUGUUAAUAAAGUGCUAGAGGGCAAUUGUUUAGCUGGUUUUGGUAAUAAAUGUUCAUAUACUCGGAAUUUUCCUAGAUACAUGACCUCAAACUUCUCUGAAGCUCCAAUCUCUAAAGAAGGAACGACAUUUGACACUGACCGCACUGGCGCUCCCACGAGGGGGGGGGGGGUAAAGGAGUUAAGGAGGUAAUUACCCCCUAAGACGACUAGAG